UGUUCAGCUAGUCUGUAGUGCUACCGCUUCCAGUCCCCGUCGUCUGCUCCUGGUUAUUGCUGUUUUCAGCCAAACCUAAUCUGACGUGACUUUUCUCCAAAGUCAUCUCAUCUCAUAUCAUCUCGUAUAUUCUUCAGUCCUUCACUAUGACGGAUUUCCUCAUUUUGCCUGGCCCCAGAGCCCUUUCCACCUUCAGAGUGUCCAAUUUGGUUGGUGAGAUCGAGCUGGUAUUGCAAAAGUCUGAUAUUAUCGAAUCGGUUGCCUCAUCUUACACCCACUACAUCUCGCUUUCUCAGAAAUUGUCUGAGAAGCAGUUGGACUUGGUGAAGAUCUUGCUUCACUACGAUACGCCUGUUGACACCAACGAUGCUUUAUCGGCCAGUUUGGUAUCGCUUUCGACAAUUAGUGGCGAUAGUGAUGUAUCACUUAUCCAAUUGCCCGAAAACACCCACUUAAUUCGUGUGUUACCUCGUCCUGGAACCAUCUCUCCUUGGUCUUCCAAAGCUACCGAUAUUGCCCAAAUCUGUGGUUUGAAUGAACAGAUUGAACGUAUCGAAAGGGGUUUGUCGCUUUUGAUCAAGACCAAACCAGGUUUCGACUUGGGCGCCCAUUUGAAUUCUGAGGGCAAGUUCUUGACCUCGGUGUUCGAUAGAAUGACUCAAACCUUGUACUUUGACUCAAACGCUCCUAAGUACGACGACCUUUUCGCUCACCACAAGCCCAAGCCACUUGUGCACGUUGAUAUCCUCUCUAACAAAGAGAACUUAUUGACGGCCAACAAGCAAUUGGGUCUUGCUCUUGAUUCUGGAGAGAUCGACUACUUGAUUCAUGCCUUUGGUGAGACUAUAGGUAGAAAUCCAACCGACGUUGAGCUCUUUAUGUUUGCUCAAGUCAACUCUGAGCACUGUCGUCAUAAGAUCUUUAAUGCCGACUGGACCAUUGACGACAUUAAGAAAGACUUGUCAUUGUUCAAGAUGAUCAGAAACACCCACAAUAAGAAUCCACAAUACACUAUCUCAGCCUACUCUGACAACGCUGCCGUUUUUGAAGGCCCAGAAGGCUACGUCUUCACUCCAGAAUUCGCAUCAAAAAAAUGGACCUCCACCAAAGAAAAGGUCCACACUUUGGUCAAGGUCGAAACUCACAACCAUCCAACUGCUGUCUCGCCAUUUGCUGGUGCCGCUACUGGCUCAGGAGGUGAAAUCAGAGACGAAGGUGCUGUUGGACGUGGUUCGAAGUCGAAAGCAGGUUUGGCCGGAUUCUCCGUUUCCGACUUGAACAUCCCAGAAUUACCCCAACCAUGGGAAAGAGACAUCGGCAAGCCUAACCAUAUUGCCUCUUCGUUGGACAUCAUGCUCGAGGCCCCCAUCGGUUCUGCUGCCUUCAACAACGAGUUUGGAAGACCAGCCAUCAACGGUUACUUUCGUACGUUGACUACCGAGGUCACUAACCACAAAGGUCAAACUGAAUUCCGAGGUUUCCACAAGCCAAUCAUGUUGGCUGGUGGUAUGGGUGCUAUCCGUCCCGACUUGGCUCUCAAGAAUAUGAAAAUCACUCCCGGUGCUAAAUUGAUCGUUCUUGGAGGUCAAUCAAUGUUGAUUGGACUCGGAGGCGGUGCUGCCUCAUCAGUUUCGUCCGGUGAGGGUUCGGCUGACUUGGACUUUGCAUCUGUUCAAAGAGGUAACCCGGAAAUCCAGAGAAGAGCUCAGCAAGUCAUUGAUGCCUGUGUUUCUCUUGGAGUUUCAGGUAAUCCAAUCCAGUCAAUUCACGACGUUGGUGCUGGUGGGUUAUCAAAUGCUUUGCCAGAAUUGGUUCAUGACAACGACUUGGGUGCGAAAUUUGAGUUGCGUCUGAUUUUGUCGUUGGAGCCCGGAAUGUCUCCUAUGGAAAUCUGGUGUAACGAGUCACAAGAAAGAUACGUCAUGGGUGUUGCUCCAGAGAACUUAGAUUUGUUCUCCAAGAUUUGUGAAAGAGAGAGAGCUCCUUUUGCUGUUGUUGGUGAAGCUACUGUAGAACAGAGAUUGAUCUUAACGGAUUCUUUGUUGAACACCACGCCUAUCGAUUUGGAGAUGUCCGUGUUGUUUGGGAAGCCACCCAAAAUGUCUAGAACUGCUGUAACUCAAGACUUGCAGUUGAAGCCUUUCACUACUCAGUCUUUGAACUUAGACGAAUCCAUAUCUAGAGUGUUACAGUUGCCAGCCGUUGGUUCCAAAAACUUCUUGAUCACCAUCGGUGACAGAUUCAUCACCGGGUUGGUCGACCGUGACCAGAUGGUAGGCCCUUGGCAAGUUCCUGUUGCUGAUUGUGGUGUCACAGCCACAUCUCUCGGUGACGAAAUCUUGAAAACUGGUGAAGCUAUGGCCAUGGGAGAAAAACCAACAUUGGCUUUGAUCUCAGCUUCUGCUUCUGCUAAGAUGUGUGUAGCAGAAUCGUUGUUGAACGUUCUUGCUGCUGAUGUUCCAUCUUUGGACCACAUCAAGUUGUCCGCUAACUGGAUGUCUGCUGCUGCUCACGACGGUGAAGGUGCCAAGUUGUACGAAGCUGUCCAGGCCAUCGGUUUGGACUUGUGUCCAGACUUGGGUAUCUCCAUUCCGGUAGGUAAGGACUCCAUGUCCAUGAAGAUGAAGUGGGAUGACAAGGAAGUUACAGCUCCUUUGGCUCUUACCAUUACCGCUUUUGCUCCUGUAGACAACACUAGCAACACAUGGACUCCACAGUUGCAAAAUGUCGAGUCAUCAAUUUUGGUUUUGGUAGACUUAGCUGCUAAGACCAAGAAGGCUUUGGGUGGUUCUGCCUUGGCUCAAGUGUACAAAGAAGUCGGAAAUGCUGCACCUACAGUUCACUCCAACGAGGUACUCAAGUCUUUCUUGCAAUCAUUGAUAGUGUUGCAUAAACAGUUCGAUGUCUUGGCUUACCAUGACAGAUCGGAGGGUGGUUUGAUAACCACUGUCUUGGAAAUGGCCUUUGCAGCCAGAUCUGGUGUAGAAUUAGACAUCACAAGUGACGACUUGUUGACAGAGUUGUUCAACGAAGAGUUGGGUGCAGUUUUCCAGAUUAAGGCUCUGGAUCUUACCAAGUUCAAAGAAGUAUUUUCUACUAACAACAUCUCUGAAGAGUAUAUCAGCGUGAUUGGUAGACCUAACUUCACCUCCCAAGACAUCAAUGUCACAUUCAACGGUUCUGUUGCUUACAGCAACACCCGUAGCAAGUUGCAGGAGUUAUGGGCUUCUACUUCUUACCAUAUUCAGAAGUUGAGAGACAACCCUACGACUUCCACACAAGAAUACGCAGCUAUUGCUGACGAUAACGAUCCAGGUUUGUCUUACCAGUUGACUUUCGAUGUCUCAAAAGAUAUCACAGCCAAGUUCACUGAAGACAGAAAGCCCAAGGUUGCUAUCUUGAGAGAACAGGGUGUGAACUCACAACAGGAAAUGGCAUUCUCGUUCCAACAAGCUGGUUUUGACGUCUACGAUGUCCACAUGUCGGAUAUAUUGACCGGUAGAGUCACAUUGGACGACUUUGUAGGUCUUGCUGCCUGUGGUGGUUUCUCAUACGGUGAUGUUCUUGGUGCUGGUGCUGGUUGGGCCAAGUCUGUGCUCUUCAACGACCGCGCUAGAGCUGAGUUCAAGAGAUUCUUCCAGGACAGAAACGAUACAUUCGCUUUUGGAGCCUGUAACGGGUGUCAGUUCUUCUCCAGGAUAGCUGAGUUGAUUCCCGGUACAGACAACUGGCCAACUUUCGAGAGAAAUUUGUCGGAACAGUACGAAGCCAGAUUCGUCAUGGUCGAAGUUGACAACUCUGAAAAGAACAAGUCUAUCUUCUUGCAACACAUGAAGGGUUCCAAAUUGCCAAUUGCUGUGGCCCAUGGUGAAGGAAGAGCUUACUUUGAACACGCUGAAGCCAAAGACGCCUUUGACUAUAGCGUCGUGAGAUUCGUGGACAACUACGGUAAUGCCACUGAACAGUAUCCAUUCAACCCUAACGGUUCUCCAGAAGGUAUUGCCGGUAUCAGAAACGAAAACGGUAGAGUGUUGGCUAUGAUGCCUCAUCCAGAAAGAGUCACCAGAAAGGAAUCCAACUCUUGGUACCCUGUUGAACAAGGAAACACUUGGGGCGGUUACGGACCAUGGAUCCAGUUGUUCAGAUCUGCCAGAGAAUGGGUUGGCGACAACUUCUGAUUGUAUUAUGAUGUUUUACGAAAAAUAGUAUGUUUAAUUUUGUAUAGACAAUAAGAUUUAAAAUAGAGAAUUCAC